AUGCGACUUAUUACUAUUUCAAUAUGGCUAUUCAUAAUACUUUUUACAUAUAAUAAAUGUUUAAAAGUUAAAAAUAUAUUUUAUAUCCCAAGUAAUAAAGAGAAUAUAUUUUUUGAAAAUGGAUUAAAGAAGAGAAAGCAAAACUAUUCACCAAAGCUGUUUUAUACAAUCAAAAAAUAUCACACCUUGAAAAAUGGCACAAAACAAAUCUUAGGAAGUAACAAGGAUAACGACAAUAAUAAUAAUGAUAGUUCGGACAUAAAUGAAGAAUAUAAAGUAUUUCAAAAAACAAAUUUCAUAAAAAAAUACCAAAUAACAAAAGAAGAAAUUGAUACAUAUAUUGAGCAAAUAAAAAAUAGCAAAACAAGUGGUUAUGAACCUAAGUUUCCAAAAGAUGCAUUUAGAACACCAGAUGGAUUAACAAACGUUAUUUUAGAUUAUAAAUAUAAAAAUGACAAUUUAAAAAUACAUAAUUAUUAUUAUUUUUUUAUGCAAUUUUUAAAAAAACUAUCAGAAAGUAAUGAUAAUCUUAAACAAUCGAAAAAUGACAACAGCCUAAUAAAUAUACACGAUUUUUUAUACUUAAAAAAAAAAGGUUUUUUUGAAGGUGAAUUAUAUACAUGGAAAAAUUGGGUCAUACUUAAUAGAGGAGAAUGGAAAGAUGAAAUAGGAUAUGAUAAUGAAGAGAAUGGAAAUUAUGAAAUAAAAACAAUAAGACCAAUUGUGGAACCCAAAAUGAAAAGAAUGCCAAUAGAAUAUUGGGGAAGUUUUAGAGCAAUUGAUUUUAAUGUAAAUCAUUAUCCUAUAUAUAAAAAAUUAUUCGAUUAUUUUAAUAAAACAAAUGUAAAUGAGGAUGAACCAUAUCAUAAAAUUCAUCCUUUUCUUUUUUAUCCUCGAUUUAGUGUGGGUAGAGAUAGAGGAGGCUUGAGUUAUGGUGAUGCAAAUUAUUUUGGAAAUUAUGGAGAUAUUUAUAAAAAAAAUGAAGAAAGAGAAAAAAGAUUAAACAAGUUGAAAGAAAAUAAUAAUGAAAAUACAAGUAUGGAUUUUGAUUUUGGAGAAAAUUAUAAUUAUGAAAAUGAACAAAAUGAGGAUAAAGAAAGUGUUAUUAAUUCAAGUAUACAUAAAGAACAUUUUAUUGAUAAAUAUGAUUUUGGCCCUAAUGAUAUUAAAAUUGAAGAAGCAACAGAUGUAUUAGUAUAUCCACAAAAUGGAAGAUUAUAUCAAAAAUUUUAUAUAGGUCCAUUAAAUAUAACUGAUGGUCAUACAUUUGGUUCAUUAAUUAAAUAUGUGUGUCAAAGCCAAAUAUAUGGUUAUGCUAUAGUAGGUAUAAAAAUACAUAAUAUGAAUGAAGAUACAAAAAUUGAAAAUACACAAGAAGAUUUACUUGAAAUUGCUUUAAAUUUAUCGGAUGUUUGUAUAUAUAGUAAAGAAAUAAAUUUAGAAACAAAUAUUCGUUUAAUUUUUAAAGGACCUUUAAUGUUAGUUGCUGGAAUGAUUCCAUUACCAUCUCAUUUAAAAGUUGUAAAUAAAGAACAAUAUAUAUGUACAAUAAAAGAAAAUGGAUAUAUUGAUAUUUCUAUUAAAAUUGAAUAUGGUAAAGGACAUUGGGUAACAUAUGAAAAGGGUUUAUAUAAAAGAGAAAUAGGAUCAGAUAAUGAAUGUAUGAAAAAGAGACCAAUAAAAGAAGUUAUAAAUAAUAAUUAUACACCUUUAACUGCUAGUUUUAGUGCUUGUCGAAUGGUUCGAACUACUGUUCAUAAAAUAGCAACAAAAUAUUGGUGUGAAGAUAGAUGUGAGUUUACAGAUCCUAAACAAAUGCUAGUUGUUGAAAUUUGGACAGAUCCAAGAAUGUUACCAAAAAAUGUUCUAUUAUAUGGUAUUAAAAAUAUUAAAAAGAUUUUAAAAAAAUUCAGAGAAAUGAUAAUUAAUGAUACGGAUUUUCCAUGUGAGGAAGAAGAUCGAGAAAUUAAAAAAUUAUGGCCUUACAUUGAUAGAUAUAAAUAUUUACAAACUAAACAGAAAAUGGAAGGUGGUCCACCUAUAGUUAAUAUUGAUGAAGAACUAAACAAAGCAGGUACUAAUAUUAAUACCGAUCAAAAUGGAUUAAAAAUAGACGAUAAAAAUAUUCAAAAUCCGUUUACUCAAGCUCUUAUGGACCCAGGAAAUUUUCCAAAACAUUCGAAUAUAAUGUUGCCAUUGCAAGAAACUCCCCCUCCUUAUAUCGAUACUUUGGAUUGGCUUAAAACGGAAGUGAAUAAGGAUAAAAAUUCUACCAAACGUGAUGAACGAAAUAAAGAAAAAAAUGACAAAUCAAAAAACAAACGGACAUUUGACUAUGAUAAUUAUUUGGAUGAUCAGCUUGCCGAUAUAUUAAGUGAUAAUCCACGCUCACAAUGA